AUGUUCUUAUUCUGUUUUGUUUUGCAUUCUGUUAUUUCUUCUUCAGUUGUGUCUGAUGUUGCUGCAGAUGUAGUGUCAGUGUCAGUGAUGGAGGGAGAUUCAGUCUGUCUAUACACUGGACUUAACAAAUCUCAACAAGAAAGAAUAAAAUGGUAUUUUAAUAGCAGUCGCAUUGCUGAAAUCACUGGAGAUGAGAGUAAGAUCUGUACAGAUGAUCAGUGUGAUGAGAGAUUCAGAGACAGACUGGAAGUGGAUCAUCAGACUGGAUCUCUGACCAUCACAAACACCAGAACCACAGACUCUGGACUUUAUUAUUUACAAAUCAACAGCAGCAGAUUCAGCAUCAUUAGGAGCUUCAUUGUGUCUGAUGUUGCUGCAGAUGUAGUGUCAGUGUCAGUGAUGGAGGGAGAUUCAGUCUGUCUAUACACUGGACUUAACAAAUCUCAACAAGAAAGAAUAAAAUGGUAUUUUAAUAGCAGUCGCAUUGCUGAAAUCACUGGAGAUGAGAGUAAGAUCUGUACAGAUGAUCAGUGUGAUGAGAGAUUCAGAGACAGACUGGAAGUGGAUCAUCAGACUGGAUCUCUGACCAUCACAAACACC